GAAAGGAGCUCCUCUUUUCGCUGUGCUUUCUCUAGUUUCCCCGCCCAUCUGUGCUGUCAGCAGCGCCAGCAAAGUUGGCCUCAAACUUGAACCGAGCUGAAGCCUCCAGAUUCCUGGGGAUCUCCACAGGAGCAGCAGCAGGCCCCAGGCUCUGAACCUGCUAGCCUUGAGAAUCCUUCUCUGAGCCUCCCAACACCCAGCUGGCCCUAAUCCCCUGCAAAAGCUUCCACCCCUGCUCCAGAGGCUUGAAAUCUGGGCUAGGAAAUGGUGUGCUGAGGACCCUCUGGAGCCCCUUGUCCUAGCCUGGACCUGGAGAACCCCAAGGCCCAAACCAACAUGGCCGACCCAGCACAGCCUCAGUUUCCCCAAGAGCAGGACCCAGGCUCCACCUCACCGCUGGACCUGCCUGAGAUGGAGAAGCUUCUUACCAAAGUGGAGAGCAAGGAUGACAAAGCCCUGAGUCUGUCCAAGUCCCUGUCAGGGGCUCUGGAUCUGGAGCAGAAUGGCCACGGUCUGCCCUUCAAGGUUAUCUCUGAGGGGCACCGCCAAGCCUCCCUCUCUGGCUCCCCUUCCCGUGCCAGCUCAAGGCGGGCAUCUUCCAUUAUCACUACUUCUUAUGCCCAGGACCAAGAAGCUCCCAAAGAUUACCUGGUACUUGCCAUUGCCUCUUGCUUCUGCCCUGUCUGGCCCCUCAACCUCAUCCCCCUCAUCUUUUCUAUCAUGUCUCGAAGUAGUGUGCAGCAGGGGGACCUGGAUGGAGCACGGAGGCUGGGCCGCCUGGCCCGUCUGCUCAGCAUCAGCUUCAUCAUCCUGGGCAUCAUCAUUAUCAUUGUGGCUGUCACUGUCAACUUCACAGUUCAGAAGUAACCAAGGAGCUGUUUCUAGCAGAGGUAGACGCCAACCAGCUGGAGAGCUUCGAACCCACAUGCCCCAUACACUACAGAGAACAGGAUGGUGACUGCCUACCUGUCCCCAAGCUCCAAAAGCACAAACUUGGAAGGAAACCCCAUAUCAUUUCAUUGUCAGCCCAUGGCAGAGAGGAAGGGAAAUCUGGAGCAAGGAAGGAAAGAAGGAAGGAAGAAGGAAGGAAGGAGGAAGGAAAGAAGGAAGGAAGAAGGAAGGAAGAAGGAAGGAAGGAAGGAAAUGAAAUUGCCCUUGAUAAUGAAUAAUGUGGUUUAAUCUCUUGCAUACAUCCCUUGCUGUUUGACCACAGUUAUCUGGCUGGUUUCUUAUCCCCAUAAUUCCUGGGACCCACAUGCAGCAUAAACUGCCAGAGCAAGAAAGCCAGCCCCACAGCCAAGAAAGAAGCAGCGUAGCCCUGUCUGUGGACCAGGACUUUUUUGAGAUCUUUUCUAUUUUUCUUGAGGGGGAGCAAAUAGACUGCUUGCAUGUUUUGUGCCACCACCUGCUCUAUCCCUACUUGAGCCCGAAGACCGCUCAGAAUGGGCCCUCGAUCCUUGCAGGCACACAGGAGCAAUAGCUGCCCUGGAAAGAGGCAAGAGUCCCCCAGAAAUUCCCCACUGCAAAGUGAAGACUGGGACAGGGUCAACAUGACAUGACACACCUCCAGCUCUUACCGAACUUCAGCCUCAGGACUUUUCAGCCUACUCCGAUUCCAGAGUGGCUUCCAGGACAACUGGGUCUGCCUCUUGCUUCCCACCUGUUCUGUAGCCUGGGGCACCAACCUGAAGUCCUAGAACUUAACCUGACCCAGGCUAGCCAGUGGGGAGGUGUGGGGUCUGACCUGUCUUCUGCUGCAGCCUCCUGGGAGGUCUGAACUCUAAUCUUUGGAACCCAUGCAGAGUGGCUCAGGGGCCCCAUAUAGGCCUGGGGAGCCAGGGCACUGGGUCGGGGGCUGUGGCUUCAGGUUCCUAACCCAGCUACAUGGGAUACUCUGUGUCUGGUUCUGUGUCCCUGCCGGACCAUACAACAAAAGCUUGCCCUAGAAGGGGUUUAGAGACCCUUCCUUGGUGACUCACAGACUUGCAUGCUGUCAGGGGUCUUUGCCACUGCUUGGAAGGGAGCAGGCUGGAGAAUUCUUGUUUCUUGAUCUGGUGUCUCAGGAUUCUAGAAGGAUGGGUUUAGCUGCAGGCUGGGUCCUUGGAGAGUGGGGCUAGGGGAUAGGAUGCAGGGGCCUAGAAGGCUCUGUAUCUUAGGACCUACUGAACACUGGGAGAAGAGCUGAGAAGGGUCCUCUGCCGCCUGCUCUUUGGCUCUGAGCAUCUCCUUUUUUUUUCUCUGGCACAGGCUGUGCCCACAGGCCUCCCCUGCUGGCCUUGCCUUCUCUGAGCCCCCUUACCCAAUGUCACAUUUCCAUCCUCUUCUCCUUCAGCUCAGAUCUGGGGAGAAGUGGUCCAGGCUUCCCCUACCCAGCAGCCAGGGGUUCUGCCCUCCGAAGCCGCAGCCACACUGGUUGGAGUUUGGAAGUCUGCUGCUCCUUUGCACUGUUAGGACCCUCAUGCUUUCUCCCCAGGGCCCUUGCCUGACUCCCCACUGUCUCAGAGACCCUGGACAGGGCGGGGCAGCACAGAGACACUGACUGUUGGGAAGUGUAGUAGUUGUAGUGGCAGCUCUGGACCUUUCAGGGUCAGAAUGGCUGCUGGAAGGGCAGAGGGGUUGAGGGGUGUUCCUUUGGGGUUGCUGUUCCUAUAUUAGGCUCCCAUUGAGGGAAUGAACUCAUAUAUAUGCUCCUAAAGUUAAGACUGGCUGAGUAUCCCUUAUGGGAUCUUUGAAGCCAAAGUAGAGAUGUCCCCAUUUACUGGGGGGAGGAAGUAUGUUAGCUUAGUUUGUCAAUGCGUGUGAUUUGGGAGGUCAGCUCACCAGAAAUGUGAUGCCUAUGGGAUCAGCCCAUCAUAGGCUCCUGGUCAUGAGUUCAGGGUCUCCCCUAGGCCUUUGGGGGCAGGGGGCAACUUCAGGAUCCUUAAGAAGAGGGGCAUUGAAAGAUUCUAUGGAUUGUUACAUGGGGGAGAAGAGGCAGAAGUGGCCUCUGUCUCUAGCCUCUACAUCCUUGGAACACAGUACACACCCAGCUAGGCCUUCCUGGCCCCUGUACACCAGGCCUGCCAUGUACACCCUCACACAUGCACACAUUUGUUCAUACUUCAAGUCCUGAAAGUUGAGUGCUCUGCCUCAGAGAAUGGCUUAGCUGGAAGGUUCUUCCACCAGGCAAGAACCACCUGGGAGCCUUUUCGUGUUGCCAGGGAUGUAGCUCAGAGGCAGCCACUGGGCAGAGGGGAACACAGGGCAGGAGGAGAGGGCCACUGGGGUGGGAAGAGUGAGGGAUGGUUCUCAUGGGCCCUAGCCACAGGGAACCUAAUACCCCCAGUCUGCAUUGAAGCAGGGAGUGGUGUGGUGGGGGAGGACAAGAGGGCCCUGCUGUCACAACUCUGUCUUGGUUCGGUUGUCAGCUGCAGGAGCACAAUGGUUCCCUAGCUGUGGGCUCUGGCUCAGCCUUUUCUUGGACUCCCUGGGGAAUAGCAAGAAUGCCCCCUCCUUACCAUACACACAAGUGACUCUGUA